UUCCAUUCGUGAUUUUUCGUUGCAGCAGUGCGGACGUGUAGGUUAUUUGCGCCUUACGUUGCUGUAGUGAGUCUCCAUUUUGAAUUUUGCUUGAAACUUGAAAGUGUACCGUGAAAAAUUGCCGUUUUGCUGAAAAUAUUCUCUCGGAAGAGCAGAAAAUAGUGCUGAAGUGAAUCUGCCUACCACACAACGGUAAACAAUGGUUGGUUCACGAGUCUACGUAGGAGGUCUACCGUACGGGGUACGCGAACGUGAUUUAGAGCGAUUUUUCAAAGGCUACGGUAGAACCCGCGAUAUCUUGAUUAAAAAUGGAUAUGGUUUUGUGGAAUUCGAAGAUUACCGAGAUGCAGAUGAUGCUGUAUAUGAGUUAAAUGGGAAAGAGUUACUUGGGGAAAGAGUGGUCGUUGAACCGGCUCGAGGAACAGCACGUGGACCUGGUGGUCGUCGCGAGCACGACCGUUACGAUCGCUAUGAUCGUCGUGGAGGACGCUAUGAUAAAAAUAGUAGCAAUUCCAGGAACAGUUCGCGUUAUGGACCCCCACUGAGGACCGAAUACCGCCUGAUUGUGGAGAAUCUCUCGUCCCGUGUGAGCUGGCAGGAUCUGAAAGACUACAUGCGUCAAGCAGGAGAAGUUACGUAUGCCGAUGCCCAUAAGCAGCGCAAGAACGAAGGGUACUCCGGGAAAGGUGGAAACACUGGAGUCGUUGAGUUCGCUACCAGCUCCGACAUGAAGACCGCCAUCGAAAAGUUAGACGAUACGGAGCUUAACGGACGACGCAUUCGGUUGGUGGAGGAUCGCAACGGGCGCAGCGGACGGAACGGUCGCGGAAGAUCGCGCUCUUCGAGCAGUCGCUCGCGGUCCCGGUCUCGUCGCCGCUCCAGAUCUCGUUCCCGCUCGCGUCGCUCGUCGCGCAGUCGUUCAAAGUCUCGCAGCCGCUCCAAGUCGAAGAAUGGAUCGAAAUCCCCGGAAAAAUCUCGCUCUCGGUCCCGCUCCCGCUCGAACAAAUCUCGCGAGCGUGAUUCCAAGUCAAAAUCCCGUUCCCGGUCUCCGAAGCGCGAUCGCGACGAAUCCCGUUCACGAUCUCGUUCCAAGUCUGAACGCCGUUCGCGCAGCCGGUCGAAGUCCAAGGAUAACAAGUCCCAUUCCCGAUCCCGGUCGCAUUCUCGUUCGCGUUCCCGGUCACGUGGAUCCCGUGAUCGUUCCCAUUCCCCGGACAAGCGCGACAAAUCCCGCUCGGUGUCGCCCAAAAACAAUGACCACUCGCCUGACCGCAACGAGAGCAUGGAUGAUUAGAUGGAAUAAUAUCGUUCGUUGUGAAUGAUAAAAGUGGGGGUGGGAUUUUUAAUAUACACACACAUACACACAUCGUGAUUGAUGAUGUGAGUACGUGGUCAUUUCCUAUGCUAGGUAAACACAUGUUUGAACGAACGUUUGAGGAAGAAACAUUUGCUUUCACAUAUAAACACAAUACAAUUAAGUGAGGACUUAUGCUAUUUUUCCGAUUUUAUGAAACAAAAUCAUGUAAUAUUUUGAUCCUAGUUUUUAACACUUGCAAAUGUGUUUUCAGAAAAAAAUACAAAUAAAAUCUAUCCUCUAUUAAGGUUAGUUCAGUUCUGUCAACGAAGCAUAAAUAUGUAAAGAUUAACUUUUACUGUUUGUUGAAGAAGUGUAGAAGUAGCUCAGUUAACAUCCCUCGUCUGUGUGGGGACAAAAAGUGGUAAAGCGAUGCAGAUCUCACCAGAAGCAGGACAUAUAUAUAAUUCAUUAUGCUCCAAACAUUAUCCUCUCAAUACCUUGCGGAGACGGUCGGCGGUACUAACCCUCAGUUUUAGUGAUGGACUUACAGUUAUAGCAGUGGCGGGGAUGCUUUGUGGUAGGUUAUGUAGUAGGGAUAUCCAUUAUUUGGAUGUAUCCUGGUAGUACUACAUUCGAUUGUAAAACAAAUAAUAUAGUGUAAUUAUUUUCAAUGAAUAAUAAAACUCUAGUUCUCCACGUACCUCCUUGUGUGGCACAUUGUGCGAUAUCAGGUAUGUCUAUGUAAUCACAAAAUAAGGAAAUAAAGUAGUGUACGAUAUAA